AAGAAAUAACAAGUCAAGAAAAAAAUAUUCAUCAAAGCCACCCAAUAAAAUUCUCAAACUUCAAACAACCCUCAAAAUUUACAGUGAAACAUCAUCAUACAAAAAUUAAAAAAAAAGCUUAAUUUAAAGAUAAUCAGCAAAAAAACUCAUUAAAAAUGGAUUUAGUUAAAAUAGGUUGUAAGCCUGAAGAAUAUGUCCAAUACAAAGAACCCGAAGAUUAUGUCAAAAUGGAGUUAAACACGUUCCCAUUACACUACCCGCCUCCUCAACCACCGGGUUUCGGAAUACCAGAAAAAUGGCUGAAGAUAAUGGCGAAAUAUAAGUUCAGCUGGAGAAUUAUAGAAUUAGCUAAAGCCAUGAAGCGUAAAUCCAGGAAGAAGUUUGGUUGGAUUCCUCCUCCCCCACCCGAAGAAAAAAGAAAAAGGAGAAUAAAAGCGGAUCCUGAGAUUCAAUUUUAUACUGAUCAAAUGUCCAGGCCAGCGAUACGACGGCUAGAACAUAAUAAGAAGAUGUUUGCGCGCGUAUUGGAUUCAAAACAUCGAGGAAAAUUAAGAAGAACCAUUCAUUCGGCUUGGGACUCGAUUUACAAUUAUUACAAAAAGAAAGAACGGGACAGAUAUUUAAGAAUGUUGAGGAUACAAAAAAGACAAAAGAAAGAUGAUUAUGUAUUUAACAGAACGGACAAUUUGGCAAUGCCGAAAAAAUUGUAUAAACCAAAGCCAAAAAAGCCAAAAAAGAAGAAGAAAAAUUUUAAAGAAUGCCCUGAAUGUAGAACUCGCAUGAACUUGAUGUCGAUGCCUAAAGAGAGAGAAGAGCCUCGUGUCAAUAGACUGGGGGUUGUGAAAAAAGCCGCUUUAAGAUACCAGAUAACAAAAGAAACACUAGCUUUAACGAAACCAUUCAAAAGAUUUAAGGAGUUUCUACCUCCUUUACCAUUGGGGAAAGUGAAAAAGGGGGCGUUGCUCUACCAGAUUACUGAACGAACUGAAUCACUAGCUGUUCCUAGAAAACGUUCAGAUGGCGCAGGAGCUGACGAUGACGACUGGAACCCUUUCGCUAUAUCAAAAUGGGCUCUUAGAUAUAGACCAACCAAAAGAAUUCUCGAACUCGCCAGGCCAAGAGUACUGGAAAAAUAGAAUUCUGGUAAUCGAAGAUUAUAUCAUUGGUCGUUAACAAAGCAGAAGGACCAAAUACUCGUAAUUUGAUGGUUAACUAAAAUAGAUUAUAGGUUUGUUUCAACACGCGCGAAAACCGUAAUAUUACCGUACAAAUCGUGCGCUCUACCCAAAAAUUGUAUACAGCGCAUGAUUUGUACGGUAAUUACGGUUUUCGUUCGUGUUGGAACAGACCUAAUAUAGUCAUUGUUACUGCAAUAGGUGGUGUGUCAAAAAAAAAAAGAAUUUUCCAAGAGAUACAAAAAUAGUAAUCACUUAUAGGUUAUUCCUGUUUAUUAACAACAUAAGAGAUAAGUAUAAGCUAAGACGCCCAAUAAAUCUUAAGCAAAAAUUGUAUUUUUUUGACAUACGACCUAUUGCAGUAACACCAGUUGGUUAUUGUAUAAUUCAAUGAAACUGUGGAAAGAAGGUGGGUCACAAAAUAUAAAAUAUCUCACGUUUAAUAUAAAAAAUGAAUUGUAACGAAGUACUUAUGUAGAUAGAAAUACUGUAACAACCGUUAUAUGAUAGUCUAAGGGUUUUGUAAUGUAAAUGUAAGGUAACAAAGUAACAAUAAAGUAACUGCAAUUAUAUUUA